GGUCAGCUGUUCCAACUGAAGUCAGAGAGCUGACGGAAGAGCAGAUACAGCUUGAGGUGCAUUGUAAAGUAGAUUAGUGGAGUGACAUAAGGCCGCAUAGCUCGUAUUUUUGUUCCCACUGAUUGGACAUAUGAACAUUGUAUUGAGGGUGAAUGGCUAUAUGAGACAGGUGUGAUGGUUCGGAGUCUUUAAUAAAAAAAGACGAAGGAGAAGCUGAGAUGGAAAACUGCGAUGGGGAGGACAUAAUAGAAACACCCGAGCUGCCUCUGGAGAUCAUAGUAUACAUCCUGAGCUUUCUUCACGUUUCAGACAGGAAGGAGGCCUCGCUGGUGUGUCAGAGCUGGUACAAUGCCAGCCAGGACCACAGCUUUCAGAAGAGCGUCACCUUCUGCUUCCCAGCUUCAGCCUCGUCCCUGGAGCUCAUCAGGGGUCUGGGCACCAAGUCACGCUGCAGUCUGAUCAUCAGCCAGGUGGAUGGACACAGCAUGUCCAGAUCGCUGCUCCUGGAGGUGGGUCUGUGUUUGGGCUCUAAGUUGGAGAGCUUGGCUCUGCCUGGGAGCAGCAUCACAGAGGCCUCUCUGCUCACCCUCCUCCCUCGCCUCACCUCUCUCCGCAGGCUGGACCUCAGGGGCCUGGACAGCCUCUUCAUGUCCGGAGCGUUCCUCUCCCGGGAGGAGCACAGACAGCAGGUCAGUUCAGCUCUGUGUGGUCUGGAGGAGCUGGACCUGUCAGACCUGCGCUACCUCUCAGACCUCACCUUUAACCGGAUCACUGGCUGCACCCCUCGCCUCCGCCGCCUCUCGCUGGCCGGCUGUCACAUCGCCUUCGAGUUCGACCCGUACCGAGGCUGCCCCGUGGGAGCUGUGGAGGACUCGUCCGCAUUGCUGUCGCUGAGGAACUUGCGCAGGUUGUUAACCGAGCAGAAAUCCACCCUCAAGGCUCUGGACCUCAGCAGGACCUCCAUCACCCCCGAAUCUCUGCGAACUGUUGCACAGGUGCAGGAUUUAGUCUUAGAGGAGCUGUGUCUGCACGGCUGUAAGGAGCUGACGGACUACUCUGUGGAGAUUCUGGUGAAGCACCAGCCGAGCCUCCGGAGACUGGACAUCAGCGCCUGCAAAGAGCUGACCAACAGGUCUGUCGAGGCCAUAGCUCAGGGCCUGAAGUCGCUGACACACCUGUCCUUAUCCCACGACUGGAGGAUCACUGAAAAAGGCCUCGCUGACCUUGUGUCUGUGUCGACCCUGAGGAGUCUGGAUCUGUCCGAGUGUCUGCACGUCAGCGGCACAGAGAUAGUGAGAGGCCUGACGGGAUCCAGGGCGGCCCGAGCCCAGCUGGAGACGCUCAGCCUCAAAAGCUGCAUCUACAUCAGGGAUCUUGCAGUUUUCUCUCUCACCCAGCUACUCGGGGACUCUCUCCGGGAGCUCGACUUGACGUCCUGUGUCAACGUCACCGACCUGUCAGUGCGUGCCAUAGCGACUUACCUGCAGAGGCUGGUCAUUCUACGGCUCGCCUGUUGUAAAGAAGUCACGGACUGGGGCCUGCUGGGCAUGGAGGAGACUGCCAAAUGUGAGCACGACCAGGAGACGGGAGACAAGGAGCCCAGGUUCACUCGGACCUUUGGCAACAUGGGCUUCUUCAAACCCCCUCGUUUGUUGUUCUUGGAGAGACCAAAGCUGGUGACAAAUAAUGACCUGGAGCAGUUCAAGCAGCAGCCUGGGUCUUCACUGUUAGCACUCAGCAGGCUGCAGGAGCUGGACCUCUCCGCGUGCCCCAAACUCACCGACAGCAGCAUCACACAGGUGGUGCGUUUCCCGGACCUCCAGCGUCUGUCUCUCUCCAUGCUGCCAGAGAUCACUGAUGCCAGCUUAGCGUCCGUAGCCUGGCACUGCCGCAGCCUCACCAGCCUCACACUCAGCCACUGCCCGGGGAUCAGCGACCGUGGAGUGGAACAGGCUGCGCCAUACCUCCACCGACUGCAUCAUCUCUAUCUGUCCUGCUGUAAUAACAUCACUGACAGAUCCCUGUUUGUCCUGGUGCAGCACUGCAAGCGCCUGCGAACACUCGACAUCUCAAGGUGCAGAAACAUCUCAGUAACAACCCUCGACCUCCUUCAGUCACAGCUGCCCUUCUUGGAAAACGUCCACUACAAACUUAUCUGCGGUGCUGAUCCAAUCCAACCCUCACACUUUGACUGACAGGCCAAAUGUCCUCAAAGACUCUGCUUAACCUUUUCAGUAAAACGACCCUGCUGACCAAAGCCUGCUCUGGGGUUUCAUCUCUUGCACAUUUUUUAUUUUAGGGGCUUGUUUUGUCUUUAUUUUAGAGACAGAUCAGUGGAAACUGAAAUCAGGAGGAGCGACUGGGGAAUGACAUGAGGGAAAGGUGCAGCUGCUUCAAGGACUGCAGCCUCUUAAUGUCGGCCGCACGACAAACCCGCUAGCACAUUUCAGAAAUUUAGACAAGAAAUGAAGGAAGUGUAAAAUGUGGUCAGAUGCUACUUUGUGACCCUUUGUAGGCUGGAUACACACCAGAUGAUUUCAAAUCUUAUCCGGUUUGAAAAACGUGGGAGACCACAGACAUAAGGAGAGCUUUCACAGAUUUUGUCACCAUGCCGUAAUCCUUUAAACGCACACACUAGACGAUGUCGACCUGACUGCGAGAGCGCAGUAAUGAUUUCACAGACACGAGAUCUCACAGAAACUUGCAUCAUCAACUUUGUGUUGUUGCCAUAAUUCCACAAGCUGCUCUUUUUCAAUAUUCCACUCGGCUCGGGUCAGUUGUGUUUAUGUUCGCUGCCAUGUUUGUGAGCUGUAAAGGUACGCAACAUCCGGUUGGUGACGCUUCCCGGUCUGCUCGCUCUCAUUGGCUAUUGCAGACGGAUACUCUGACUCGAUAGGGAGCAGUAUAAUAACCGUAAUGACGCCACACACUUGAGGAUUAUUUGGAUACAUAAUCAGUUGUGAGAAGCUUUGAGUCGAGGCCAAAAUUGGGCAUAAAAUCGUCUAGUGGGCAUCCAGCCUUUAGAUUGAAAAAAGUCAGACAACACUGUAUGCACUCACUCCAUUUAAAGAUAUUUAUCUGUUCACUUCAAGAGGGGAUAAAACCUUUGAAUUCAAUAUUUUUCGUUGCGUUUAUGUGGUGCAUCAUCACUUCAAAGUGAUGCGUCUCAGUUCAACCUGAAGAUGAAUCCUUCAAACUGAAACACUCAGCUGCAUCGAGAAGAAGACUCUCGCACACUCAAGGUACUUAAAUCUGAGUAAGAACGUCCACUAUAUCUCAAUAUGAUGACAGCAGCUGUCACGUACUUAAUAAUUGUGUAUAUAUAGAAAUGUGUUUUUAAAUCUAAUAAUCUUAAACUUGAGUGUUUUAGCGUCAAACGUAAAUGGUGGAUUAUAUCUUUAUAAAACAUUCCAAUAUUAGCACUAAACCAAAGCUUAUUUUUGUUUGUUGUUUCAAUUGUCAUGGUUGUCCACAUCUUUAUAGAUUUGUUAAAACUGCUUUUGAUGUAUUUCUCAAUUUGUUUUUGUUUUUUACACAUCAACACAGGAGAAUUUUUAGUUUUUUUAAGAUGUCGGUUCUUUUCUGGGCUAUCAGCUGGGAUAUCACAUUAACAUAGGGGGUCUCAAAAUGCUUUCCUGUACCUGGGCAAAGAAACACGUGGUGCCCUCGGUGGCAGGGUGAUGAACUCCAGGGUGCUCGUGAUGAAAGAUCUUGAAGAUGAAAAGAUAAACUGUUGAAGGAGGGAAGCCUCAGGGCUUUCUUCAGGUGCUCUUGUAGAGCCGGUGAUGUAGACGCUGUGUGGUGGAAAUCAUUUUUUUCCUGACUGUUCUUGCAUUUGUUAAAUCCCUGGUUUAAAUGGAGGCAUUUGAACUUCGUCGGCUCUUGCCAGAGAAUGUACUUCUUUUCUGUUCUUUACUACGUCUUUCAGAUCAACUUUUGGUUUUAUUCCAUUUUGACGUCUCCCUGUUGACAAAGCGGUGCCUCUUUACUCUCAUCCUGUACAUGUGUAAGCAGUGUAAGUCUUUAAACAGUCGGUCGUAUAACUCGCUGUUUAAAAAGUCAGGCAGUAAGCCCUCCCCCAGGUGGGUGACACUCCCACAGCUAGGUGUUUGUUCUGCCCUCUGAGUCUGCCUUUCCACUGUGAACAAUAGAAGAUGUGGCGAGAAAGCCCAAGACACCCAAGCCCUUCCAGAGAGGGGGCGUGGUCAGACACAGCUCAUUUACAUAUUUAAAGGUACAGACACAGAAACAGCCUGUUCUGAGCAGGGCUGAAAUAGAGGGGUUCAUAGACAUGAUCAAAUACAGGAUCAGAGUGGAUUUACAACAAGAAACUUCACACACAUGUUUUGGGGACUCUGAGAUUUAUUUACACUGGUUGAAGAGGAGGAGAAUAUGUGACCUUUAAAGCUCAGGUGUAUGCAUUGUUUCCUUCAGGAGAGAUGUCAGAAGUAUGCCGGCUUUUGUUCGCUGUAUUUACCCAGAUUACUUGUUAAGUACUCGAGGUAAAUAAUUGAUUAUUUAACAAAGAUGUGAUAUGCACAAAGUUCAUUUCAGAGUCUCAGAUUUGAAGGAACUUUAAGAGGAGAGAAGUAGAAGACAAAUGGCACAACAUGUUAAUCCUUAAAAGUCUGCUGGUUCAAUAAGAUCUCGGUAGUAGAUCAAGCUGGAUCAUCAAACUUACUUGAAUUAAUCUGAAGGAAGUUUUUUAUUGUAGCCUGUUGUUGUUUUUUUUACUUUAUAAUGCACAAUGAGAGAGAGGCUGUAAAGAUGAAACAUGAUAUGUAGAUGUUAUAUGUUAUAAAUAAAGCAAAGUUUGGGAGAAAAGCA